GUGUCCUUUUAUGUCUUGCGUGGAUAAUGAGAUGCUAGAAGGUUGCAGAUAUAUUGGACAGAGAUGAACAUCUCUGCUCUUUUGACUUCUGCUGGUAUCAAUAUAACCAUUUGUGUGGUGCUUUUGUCCUUGUAUUCCAUUUUAAGAAAACAACCAAGCCUUGUAAAUGUGUACUUCGGGCAGAGGCUUGCUCAGGUACAAUCAAAACGCCACGAUCUUUUUUGCUUUGACAGACUUGUUCCAUCUGCUAGUUGGAUACUGAAGGCCUGCGAAACAUCUGAAGAAGAAAUAUUUAGUGCUGGGGGGUUGGAUGCAGUGGUUUUUCUCAGAAUGCUUGUUUUCAGUAUUCGAAUCUUCUCCAUUGCUGCUAUCAUAUGCAUAUUUCUUGUGCUUCCACUGAAUUAUUUUGGGCAAGAGAUGCAGCACAAGCAAAUCCCUUCAGAGUCACUGGAUGUAUUCACCAUUGGGAACGUCAAACUAGGAUCAAGAUGGCUUUGGGCGCAUUGUCUUGCACUAUACGUCAUAUCCUUCUGCGCUUGCAUUCUUCUUUACACUGAGUACAAAAGCAUCACAAAAAAGAGGCUAGCUUAUGUUACUGGAUCUCCUUUGAACCCAAGUCAGUUUACAGUUCUUGUACGUGCAAUCCCGUGGUCUUCAGGAGAAUCAUACAGCGAUUCAGUCAGAAAAUUCUUCUCAAAUUACUAUGCAUCAAGCUAUUUAUCACACCAAAUGGUUUAUCAGUCUGGCACAGUUCAAAAACUGAUGAAUGAUGCAGAGAAGAUAUACAGGAUGCUCAAGUCCGCUCCUAUGGAGCAACACUGUGGAUUAAGUUUAAUGAGAUGUGGCCUUUGUGGAGGAACUGCACAACCUUUUAAGGUCCUUUCUAGUGAACCAGAAAGUGCUAAUGGGAGAAGUGACUAUGCUGAUUCAGAUUUGAGGGAAAAGGAGUGUGCAGCUGCAUUAAUUUUUUUCAGGACUCGCUAUGCUGCCUUAGUUGCUUCACAGGCCCUCCAAUCUCCGAACCCCAUGUUAUGGGUUACAGACCUUGCUCCAGAACCAAAAGAUAUCUACUGGACAAACCUCUGUGUAUCUUAUAGACUGCUCUGGAUCCGUAGGACAGCCACUCUGCUGGCUUCUGUUCUUUUCAUGAUUUUUUAUCUUGUGCCCGUGACAAUUGUACAAAGUAUUGCUCACCUCGAUAAACUUCAGAAGAUAUUUCCAUUUUUAAGAGGAAUUUCAGAGAGGAAGUUUUUGAUCCAGCUGAUUACAGGGUAUCUACCAAGUGUGAUAUUGAUGCUAUUUCUCUACAUUGUUCCACCAUUAAUGAUGCUAUUUUCAACGUUGGAGGGCUCUAUCUCUCGUAGUGGCAGGAAAAGGAGUGCCUGCAUCAAAAUCCUGUACUUCUUAAUUUGGAAUGUUUUCUUUGCUCAGAUUUUUACGGGAACUGCUAUUGAUCGAGUGGGAAAAAUUUCUAGUGCGAAGGACAUUCCUAACCAACUUGCCAGAGCAGUACCAUCUGCGGCUACCUUCUUUAUGACUUAUGUUUUGACAUCCGGUUGGGCAAGUUUGUCAUGUGAACUCGUGCAACCGUUUGCUCUUCUGUGCCACUUAUUUGAAAGAUUCGUUCUCAGAAACAAGGAUGAUCCAUCUUGUGGGACUUAUACUUUUCCAUACCACACUGAAGUUUCAAGAGUCCUACUUUUUGUCCUUCUGGGCUUCACCUUUUCCAUAUUGGCACCUUUAAUGUUGCCCUUCUUGCUGGUUUACUUUCUGCUCGCUUAUCUCGUGUACCGAAAUCAGAUUCUCAACGUGUAUAUCACUAAAUACCAAACUGGUGGACUUUAUUGGCCUGUUGUGCAUAAGACAACCAUCUUCUCGUUGGUUCUGACACAAAUAAUAGCUCUGGGAGUCUUUGGACUGAAAGAAUCAACUGUUGCAUCGAGCUUCACCAUCCCGCUAAUUAUUUGUACACUCCUUUUCAAUGAGUACUGCAGGCGAAGGUUUCAACCAGUAUUUACGAGCUUCCCUGCACAGGUUCUUAUUGAGAUGGAUUGGCAGGAUCAGCAGUGUGGAAGGAUGGAAGAAAUUCAUCAGCAAUUGCGUUCCGCCUAUUACCAGUUCACAUCUAUCUCCAGUAAACAGUGUAAAGCUGCACACCCUAGUCACUGUGAGAGUGAGGAUGGUGAUGGGGUCCAAGACCUCGAAGACAAGGCACCAGGAGAGAAAUCCACCAUUGUACAAGAAACACAGGUUGAACGCUUGCAUUUGGAAAUUGAAGAACUGAAUGUGAAGUAGAUUGAGCUUUGUUCUGCCCUUCCUGAUUCACUUUUUACAUGCAAAAUGCUGUUCAUGCGUUUGUAUGCCAUCCUUAUGAGGGUGCUUGCUAGAUGAAAUUUGUUGGAAGAAAGGAUUUUGUAGAAAUAGCUCUGUACAAAAGACACAUUUUGAUUGUUAUUCCGAAAUGAAGUUGAGACAUUAUUCUUAUUCCUAACGAAAUUGCCCUAAUAUUACAAUGAAAUCUGAGAUCAUCAGUGUUCAAAAGGUUUAAUACGUGUCUUUUGUUGAUUGGUUGCUGUGUAAGUGAUAUUUUAGGCUUCAUUCCUGGCAGUGGAACCAUCUUCAAGCAAGGAAUUCCUUCUAUUGUCUCCCUCUUCUCCUUCUGGUGAACUUUUCCAAAGCCACAAAACUUGCAUCAGCCCACCAUUUGCAAUAUGCAAGAGAAACACCCAUCCUCCUAAAGGAAAAUAUGUCGAGAUAAUCUUAACAAGAACAAAGAAACAACCUAUACCCAAAAAUUGCUGACUCAAUCUUCUCUCCUGCCAAACAAAAUAUCACAGUAACGCAAUGGUGCAUCAAAGAAAGGAACAGAGAUAAGGGAAAGAUGAAAAGGAAGAAUAUACCUCUGAGU